AUGGACCGCCGCAGACGGGACCAGCGCGCCGACGACGACGACGCAGACCGCGUGCACGAAAGCUCGCUCCCGCCAACUCUCCAGCCCCUCAUGUUCCGCGAGCCUCAGCCCCCGCCGCCCCGCGACUCCGCCUCCCGCUCCACCUACGAGCCCAGGGACGACGACGAGCCGCACAGAGAUGAGGCGUACCCCGCCUCCGCCUACCCCGCCCCCUCCUCAUCCUCAUAUCCUCUCCGCCCCGCCGAUUCCUGGGAAGCCGCCGCGCACGCCCAGGCACAGCGCGAGCAGGAGGUCUCUCGCCGCUACCUGCCCGCUCGCCCUGUUAUCGACGACGCGCGGGAGCACCAGGUGCCCGCCUACGCGCUCCACAGCGAGCCGCAUCCAGUCGCGGGCCCUUCUUCCAUUCCUCAUGGUAGUUCAACACAGUACUAUAGCACCCCGCCCGUCCCGGCCCCCGAAGACCCCGCCUACCGAGCGCGCCCGCCUCCGCCCCCGCCGCCGCGCGCGCCAACCCAAGACACCUUCGAGUUCCACUACAACGCGCCAGGCUAUGACCCCUACAGGGAGCGCGGCCUGUACAGAGACGAGCCUCCCGUGCCGUCCUCUUUCAGGCCCGCCGACCCUAUGCCCCCGCGGAGGCAUCAAGAGCGCGUCCCGCCCGCCCCGCCAAUGGAGUACCUCCGCCCCUAUACUGGCGAGUCGGGCUGGGAGCGUCGAGACAGCCGCUAUGAGUCCUAUGCGCCUUCGUACCCCGACCCGCCGCCGCCCAUGGAGGAGUACGGGCCGAGUGGCACGUAUGCGCCUCAUAGAGAAUCGCCGUGGCAGCCAGAGCCUGCCCGGUACCCAAUGCCCCCGCCCCCAUCUGCUCCUUCUUCUUCCUCUUCUUCAAUGCAGCCACCGUACAGACAAUAUCAAGAUGUAGAACACCAGUAUCGCCCCCUGCCUCCCCCUUCUGAACUGCCGCACUACUCGCCGGACCCAUACGCCCCAUAUUAUCUUCCUCCCGAACAGCCCCACCGCUACGACGAACCUCGGUAUGAGGAGCGUCGCUACGAGGAGCGAAACAGGCCGAUGGAACCCAGCCGCCACGAGAGUUAUACCCCAGUCCCCUCCUCUUCGCAGUCCGUGUACCCAAGUCGCUCUCGCCCAGAUGAAGAAAUGGAACCCCCGCCUCAAAAACGACCCAGAAGCACCGAGCCGCGCAAGACGCAGACGAGAAAAACAGAGAUCGCGUGCGACUUUUGUCGAGGUCGCAAGCUCCGCUGUGAUGGGGCCAAGCCUGUUUGCGGCAACUGCCUGUCCCGCAGCAAUGUAUGCACGUAUCGGUCGUCGCCCCGUCGGCGUGGGCCCGGCAAGAUGUCGAAGGCAGAAAAGGCGCGACGGAAGGCGGAGGCGACGGCGAUGGAGAGGGAUAUCGCACGCUCUUCGUCUUCAUCGUCGAGCCAUACCACCGCGACGUCCGCAUACGCAGGCAGCAUCCUCCCGCCGUCGUCCUAUACCUAUGGUUACCCGCCGAGUAGCGCAUAUAUGCCACCUCACGGAGGGCCACCGCUGCCGCCGGGACCGCCAGGUCCGACGCCGAUAACGGGGCCGCCACCCAUGACGCCUGCCGCACGAAGAAGCGUUCGGACUCCCACGCGCCCGAGCUAUGCGGAGGAACCGGAGGAAGACGAGGAGACGGAGCGGCCGGACGAAUGGCGAGGGCGGUAG